CGUUACAACUGGCGCCCAACGUGGGGCCCUUAUAAUAUUGAGGAAACUAAGGGCCAAAUAAUAAGGAACCAAAAGUGAAAGUGAAGUGAGGAUAAAACACGAGUGCGUACGAAUACGAGUGAGAGUGACACACAAUAGAUAUAUAUUAAAUAAAACAAAGUGAUAGAGACACAAGUGCGAGGCACAAUAACAUUUGCUGAAAAAAAAGAAAAAAAAAAAGAUACAUAUAAAAUGGUUAAAGUAAACUGGGUGUACUACCUCAACAAAGAGGAGUUAAGAAAACGCCUCGAGACAUUUCUGUAGGAGGAGGGCGAGAGCAAAGGUCUGCGUGAUCGGGUCACAGACUUAUCGUUGAGACACGCGAAAUUAUCUACGAUAACAAACUCGCCUACACCGAGGCAAAAAGAGUCACUACAGUUGCCACAGUCACAGCGACCUAGCAACGACGGCGGGACGGGAAUGUCUCCCCGUAUGACCAAGACAUAUACCCACGUCUACCCACAAUUGUCCAACCAAUCAGUGAUGGACCGCGUUCGCAAGUGGGGUGUGAAAUACGACGGCGGCAAAGACCCACUGGGCUUCAUCGAACGCGUGGAAGAACUAGCACACGGCUACGAAAUAGAAUUAAACGCGCUCCCGAGAGCGUUACCGGAGCUGCUCAAGGACCGAGCCUUAGUCUGGCUCCGUAAUAACCACGGCCAAUGGCAAAGUUGGGAGACAUUCAAACGAGAUUUCUUGAAGUUCUUCCUGAACUCUCGUUAUUUUGAACGACUAGAUGACGAAAUCAGGCAACGUGUGCAACGACCCAAGGAAAACUUUAAAGAUUAUGUACUCGCACUCCAAGGGCUAAUGAAGCAUUCAGAGUACACGCCAACACAAAAACUCCAGCGCAUAUAUCGAAAUUGUAGGAGUGACUACCAACUAUACAUAGUAAGUCUGGCCGAAGACUUCGAAAAUAUCAUGAGAGAGAGAGAUCCAUCUAGGGCAGCAGUUAAGAUAAUGCCACCCACGAGAAAUGAAGAGCAUUACUAUGCUAUAUGAGAAGAGCCACGUAGGGAGAGAUAUACGUUGGCAGAAAGGCACUACGAAGAGCGUCGGCAUGCGCCGACAAGAGAGGCGUUUACUCCACGACCACACCAGGUGAACCGGCAGCCUAGAGACGAGGAGUCUAGCCGAGCGAAUCCACGAACGGCGUGUAGAAGAUGUGGGGAACAUGGACACUACGCCUAUGAGUGUCAGAACGCCAUCCAACUGUUUUGCUGGUCAUGCGGACGAAGAGGCGUU